UUAUCAAGAUUUGUCAAAAAAAUGGAUGGCAGCAACCAAAUCCCACAAGGGCUGAGCCCAGAAGAAUUUUCUGAACUCGAGCCGCUAAUUUCCACGUACCACACUUUUGAGCCAACCCCAAAUACAUGCACAUCCCGGAUAACUCAGCGCAUUGAUGCACCAGCAAAAGUGGUGUGGCCAUUCGUCAGGCGUUUUGACAAUCCUCAGAAGUACAAACACUUCAUCAAGGGCUGCAACAUGACAGGGGAUGGAAGUGUAGGCAGCAUCAGAGAAGUCACGGUUGUUUCGGGGCUUCCAGCUUCUACCAGCACCGAGAUACUCGAGAUUCUGGAUGAAGAAAAGCAUAUUCUGAGCUUCAGGGUGGUUGGGGGAGAGCACAGGCUAAACAACUAUAAAUCUGUGACAUCAGUUAAUGAAUUCGAUAAUGAAGGUAAGGUUUACACCAUUGUUCUGGAGUCUUAUAUUGUUGAUAUACCAGAAGGCAACACUGCGGAGGAUACAAAGAUGUUUACUGAUACAGUUGUGAAGUUGAAUCUCCAAAAGCUUGGGGUCGUGGCAAUGGCUUCUUUGCAUGGACAUGAAUGAAUUUGAUCGGAUAAAGGUGGCGAUGGUUCUGAUGGUGCGUUUCUGCAAUACUCUAGCUCAAAAAAAGGGGAGGGGGGGUGGGGAUUUAUUACCCCAUUAAAAUGGUAGUACCAUCUUCUCUCAAGGGUUUGUUGAAAGUUGAAAUUGGUUUCUCGUUUUUCAUUUCUUGUUUUAGGUGAUCAUCAAAUAUAAUUAAUUACUAGUUUUUGUUGGCUGAAUGUGAAAUCAGCCAUA